AAAAACAUGGAAAAGAAAUCUAAAAAAUGUCUUGAAAAGUUGUUUCUCCCCUCUCACAGCAUCAAAAUAAUGUCAUACUUCGGCUAUGCUCAUGAGGUUUUCUUCUUAAUGGUCCGCCUUAGCAGAAAAACUAGCGCUAUCAUCAAAAAGCACGAGUUGAUCUUCAUCCAAUAUUUAGAAAAGAAAGUCAGAACAAUUAAUAGCUCUUCAAUGUGUCAGUUGGAAAAAUUUUCAGAGAAGUAUAUGAGGUUUUACCAGCUUGACAUCAGACUGAUGAAUAAUAAAUAUACUGCUAGAGUCAGAAAAGUCUUAGAAAAACUCAUCAGUUUUGAAAAUGAACUCCCAGAGAUUAAACAAUUCAGAAAUAAUCAGAAAAAGCUUAAAUCUCUAAAAGCUAAACUUGAAAAAGAGAGAACAGGAACUAGAAAAAUGCCUAAGUUAAAGGUUAAAUGGAAAGAGGAGGUUAGAGACCUUGAAAAACAACUUAGUGCUUUUCAAAAUUCUGCAAAGCCUUCAUAUUACAACCCUGGAAAGAUUAGUAUCGCUGUAUCAAACUACAAAUCAAUCCUGAAUCUUAUUCACCAGAAUAAGCCAGAUUUGGUCAAAUAUCCAUAUGAUAAGAAGGUUGAAGUUAGUGGGACUCAACGCUAUCUUCCUUUAAUGUCAAAUGUUAGUUUCUCUCUAGGAGUCAACAGAGGAAUAGCGACAGAUAAUGAACUUACUGAGCAACCUGAGGAUUCAAAUAAUCCUAGCAAAACUAUUUUCCAAAAAGCAAAGAUUACAAUCAAUGAAGUCGAACAUUUUGAUCUUUUCGUUCCCAAAGUAAAGAGAUCUGCCAAAGUUAUAUCCUUAGAUAUAAGAGCGAAAAAUAGACUCAUGUGAUUCUGUGAUGCAUUAAGUUCAAGUGAUAAGCUAUUCGAAGCUACUGAUAUUUUAAAACUAUCCUUGGAAAUGAAUUGAAAUCCCUUUACCAGAAAUCAAUUUAUCAAAAAGACAUUCUUCAAAUCUCUAAACUACAUCCCCGCUCCAAAUCUGAAGAAAAUCUGUUUCUUAAAAAUCCAGUCUCAGUUCAUUUUCGAAUUCCUCAGCCAGUGUAAUAGCAAAGGGCUAAGAUGUCUCCAAUCGAACUAUCCUGAACUAGAAACGAUAAGUUUUAACUUAAACGAAGUGCGUUCCUCUAGUAUUGAGGAUUUAUUAAAGACAUCAAAUGAGUUAGCUAGCAUCCCAGAUGACACAAUUAGAUUCGAGCACAAAGUUAUCUUAGUCAAUCUGACAGGUUCCAAAAGUAUCUUUGAAAUAACUACCAAUUCUUCUUGUUCGUUUGAAACAAAUUGCUUAAUGAGAGUAACAAAGGACAAUUUCCUCUUUGGAAAUGUGUGGUCCAUGACUAUUUCCAAGCUUACCCAGUGCAAGUCCCUCAGCUUACAAAUCUUGAGAGAGAACUACCCCAACGAGUAUGGGUACAUAGCUUCAGAUAAGUCCCCUGUCAAGACCAAGGGAAGUUAUGCAAUUUUACCAAGAAGCUGCAUCAGAAACCUGAUAUACGUACCCAAAAACUCAAAUUAACGGUUCUUUAAAUUGACUCUAAAAUUUG